AUGUCCAAAUUCAGCCAACAGACUGUCGACACGCUCCGCUCCACCGUCGACGCCGCGUGUUCAGACCCCCUUCAUGAGCUACCCGGAGCCACCGUGGUCGUCGUGAGGAGGGAUGGCAAGGAGCUGUUUGCUCACGCUGCUGGCCGACGCGGAGUGGCUAGCCUCGAGGACAUGACGCUCGAUACCGUCUUCUGGAUCGCGUCUUGCACCAAGUUGGUGACCGGCAUCGCUUGUAUGCAGCUUGUCGAGAAGGGGCAGUUGAGGCUCGACGAUGGAGAACAGAUCGAGAACCUGUGUCCUGAGCUCAAGGGACUCCAGGUGCUGCGGAAGGAUGGGGCUUUAGAGCACAAAAAAAAGCGUAUCACGCUGCGGAUGCUCCUGAGCCACACAGCUGGGUUUGGGUACUCAUUUUUCAACGAGAGACUGAGAGAUUGGGGAUAUCCGGCUGGAAUAGACGAAUUCAAUGGCAGACAGGAAGAAAUGAUCUCGCCACUGUUGUUUCAGCCUGGAGAGGGCUGGGAAUAUGGUAUUGGUGUUGAUUGGGCCGGAAUCGCCCUUGAGAGGAUUACGGGCGUGACCCUCAACGACUAUAUGGUCAAGAACAUCUUUGAGCCUCUGGGUAUCAAAGAUAUGUCCAUGUUUCCAUCACCAAAGAUGAAGGCCAACUUGGCUUUCAUGCAACAACGUUCCCCUGAUGGAUCUUUACGCUCAAGAGAUCACCUCAUGCGGACACCACUGGUCGUUCAACGGGGAGAGGACAUCUCGCGAUGUUUCAACAGCGGUGGUGCAGGUCUCUUUGCUAGGCCCCAGGAAUAUUGCAAAAUCCUAGCUGCCCUUCUCAACCAAGGCAAAUCCCCUACAACGGGCGCCGAGAUUCUCAAGCCUUCGACGGUUGCCGAGAUGUUCGAGAAUCAUAUUUCAGACUUCCCUAAUUUCGGCCGCCAGUCUAUUCCCGCGGCAAAGCCAGAUCUGACAAACAAUGUCCCUGAUCUAUACCCUGUCUCGGGCGACCCUCCGCAAGGCUGGGGCCUCACCUUCAUGCUCUCCAAUGGCGGAUCUACCGGCCGCAGUACGAAGACUGCAAACUGGGCUGGGCUGGCAAAUCUGUUCUGGUGGUGUGAUCCGGAACAUGGCAUCGCAGGCAUGGUAGCCACGCAGAUCUUGCCGUUUUGUGAUGCAAAGGUGCUCAAACUGUGGGCAGAUAUCGAGACGGAAGCGUAUGCUGGACUUCGUGAUGCGGACUCUACAAAGUAA